AUGAGCAACGCUACGAAUCCUAACGCUUCUCGCCAGCCUGCCACGCAGAAUCCCUCAGAUCCUUCGCGAGCUGAAGGCAGGAUACCCACAACCUCUGACAGCGAUAACCCGCCAGGAGCAAUGCAGAUGGGCGAGACAGCAGAGAUGCGAGAGCGUCGAAGAGCACAGAACCGCAUCGCCCAACAAGCAUUCCGGGCGAGGCAGAAGAUCAGGGUGGAGGCGCUAGAAGCCGAAUGGACCCAGCUCCGACAGCUGCACGAGGCUCUGAAUCGCGCCUGCUCGCAACAGGCCAAGGAAAUCAAACAGCUGGAAUCGCGCGUCGAGGAGCUCCUCCGCAGCAUCGAACUCCUCAAGAACUCGCGCGACGCCGAGAGGACUUGGUCCUCGUCCCCGACGACGCCCGAGCACCAGUAUCCUCAGACGAGUGCCAUGACCGUGGCCGAGGCUGAACUACGGAAUUUCUUCUGCGACGGCGGCGGAACCUCAGAGUUUCCUGACUUUCCCGAAUCGUUCAGAUCGUAUUAUACGGGCUAUGGUGGAACUUGA